UGACAACUAAACGGGCAGAUAAGGUUAUUUAUCUCUACCAUUACUCUUUUAAGCAGCUAAAAUCUUCUCUCUCUAUCCACUAGGUGCUAAUGUAGAACCAUAAAGAAAAAUGUCAGAUUUUAGAUCAAGAUUGAGUUUAUUUGUGCUUCAGUUAGUUUGUAGUUCAGUUAGUUAAACCACAGUUGAACGAUACUGAUGCUUCAUGAGCUGUUAUACAAUUAAUUUGUGUUCACAGACGUAAGUUUGCAGUGUUGGGAAGAUGAAAAAUAAAACUCCAGGACAGACAGUCCGGGCAGAGUUGACACAAUUGGUCAAUUGACAAAAUAUUAAUCUGCAACAGAUUAAUUAUUUAAAUUCUUGCUUUUCAAAUGUGAGAUUUUGUUGCGUUUCCUCUUCUGGCAUUAUAGUAAACUGAUAUCUUUGAUUUUUUUUGGACAGAAAGUGAUUUGAAGACCUCAUCUUGGACUAAUUGUGUCCCAUCUUUCACCAUUUUAUAGUGAUAUCUAGACCAAAUGAUUUAUCAGUAAUGAAAACAAUCUAUAGUUGCUGCCUUCAAACCCCCCAAAAUUUUUUUUACUAUGUUUACCUAUAAUUUGUCCAGCAUAUUCUGUUGCUGGAUGUUAUAUUUUUUAUACAUUUUUAUGUUCUUAGAAAAAGUUUAAUAUCAAAUAUCUAAAUAAAUAUAGACUACAAUUACAAUUUUUCAAAUGUAAACAUAAAGUGUUCAUAUAUUGACUUGUUUACCUAUGAUGUAAUGUGAUUUUGUUGGCUGGGGACAUGCACACAGGAAGGUACUUUAUAUGCCCAACACCCUUAUUAUGGCUUGUAAUGGAAAACAACUUUUGAUAUGUUCAAGUAUGACCUUAGAGGAGAGACUGCAAUUUUUUUUUUUUUUUUUUUUUAGCAUGCCAUUUUUUUUGUUGUUUUUUUUCCUUCCCUCUAGUGAACAUCUCCACCCACACACACACACACACACGCACAUUCAUAAGAGCUCCCCUCGGGACACGUGCCAGCCAGCCAGCCUUCUCGCUCAGGCAGAAACAAGCGCUCCUGUAUGUUGAUGAACAGCUGCUCUUCCUCGCCUGCUCACAGGUGGCUGUGGGCUCGCUACUCUGUCCCCAUUAAUGACACAAGUAGCCUUUUUUCCCUCCUUUUUCUUAUCCUCUCAAAGGCUAGAUCACAGCUGCUAAUAAUGAGCUCACAUUGCAUUGUGUGUGUGUGCUAGUUUGUUAGAUCAGAGGUCUGGUAAAGGACAUUAUGACACAGUGAGUCACAGUACAGGCUGAAUUCAGCUUCCCAACAGUGGCAUUUCCCAGUGUCCCUGUUUUUUUGUUUUUUUUUCAGAGGUUGGUGAUAACUAGUGGAACAGAGUGUAGCUAGCAAUGUACUGUGGAGUGAUGACAUAGAUAUAAUGGUAUUUUUCCUUUUGCCAUCUCAGUAUGUCCUCUGCGCUCCAAUUGAGCAAUUUCAGGCACACACUGAGUCAUAGUUCACCGUGUUCCUUGAGGCAAAGUCCUACGUAACACUGUUUGUGCUCGUGACUUUCACUCACAUGAAGGGUGUGCCAGGUUUAGGUGAGGUUGAAAUUAUAAUGGCUCUGUCAUUAUUGUGAAUAUAACAAAGGAAGGUUCUGUGGUCAUAAAAAUGGGUCAUUAAAAUCGUGUUGUUAAGCAUUCAUAUAAUACAGUGCAAUAGGUGUCUGCUACUGUAAAGGCUACCUUUGUAAAAACUAAUUCCACUAAGUAAUUUGUGUUGUGUUUUGCUCCACCCAACAUCACGUGGACAAAAGUAUCUUUAAUUUUUUUCCAGCACCUACGGUUCAUCUUUAAACAUGACAGAAUUAAAACAUAAACAUUCCCUCCUGACAGGUUUGAAGACUCGUCUUUAGAUAAUGCUGACGUGGGUUUUUCAACAAAAAUGUUUAAUUGCCUCCUUAAAAAAAUGACAUCUAUUCCUUCUCCCUCGUUGAAAAAAUGUUGAAUGUGAAAACAGCCUUGUGGUGUCCAACUCGUACAUCACUGCACACUGAAGGUUAAACAUCACUGUGAAGGAACAACAAAACAUUUCGGAGGGGAUUAAAUGUCUCAACAACAGCUGCACAUUUUAACUAGAGGAGCAUUCGUCGCAGUUGCAGGGUUAUUAUAUUACAGUGCAUUUUGGAGGUGUUUCUCUUUUUACGUGUCAGUCUGUCUAUCUGUAUCUGAGAAUUAGGCCAGGGCAGUGUAAACAUCUGGCUCAGUCCACUGCUUGCUGCCUGUUGCGAGCCAUGACAGAUGGAAAGGGAGCGUAUGGCUCAAACACUUCCAUCUUUGACUGCACCGGCAGUUGUCUUCCCAAAAUAGCCCGCACUCCACAGCCUUAUAUGUGCAGGCCUCCAGCAUGUGCCUGAGAAGGCAUCAUGUAUCUAGGCCACACAAUACAGGCUGUAGGCUCAUUGUUGCUGCUUGCCAGCAGGCCUAUCGCUGCCCCGGGGACGAGGCCCCUCUUUCUGUCCUGGGACGGCUCACCAUGCACCUCACCCAGCUCAACCGUGAGUGUCUCCUCCACCUCUUCUCCUUCUUGGACAAGGACAGCCGGAGGAGUUUGUCCUUUACCUGUCAGCAGCUGCGCGAGGUCUUCCUGGACCCCCGCCUCUGGAAUCUACUCCACUUCAGCUCCCCGUGUCAACUGAGGAGAGACAACUUUGUGCUGGGACCCUCACUGCGUUACUUGACUAUUUGCUGGUACUCCAGCAGGGUCCUGCAAGUGUGCAACAUUGAGGACUGGCUGAAGAGUUCGUUUCAGAAGGACAUCUGCAGCAAACACGAGAGCCUGGUCAGCACUUUCCUGGCCCAUGUCUGCCACAUGUGUCCCAACCUGCUCCAGAUAACCCUGUCUGGCUGUGGACACAUCACCGAUCAGGAUGUGAUCUCCGUGCUGCAGAGCUGCAGGAAGCUGCGCCGCCUCCGCCUGGAGAACUGCGUCCGCAUCACCGACUGCAGCCUGCGGGAAGGUGUGGUGGCUCAUGGAAACGGUCUGGAGGAGGUCAAGGUGGACUUUUGCAGGAACGUCACUCAGGCGGGGCUGCAGGCUGUCAGGGGGAACAGGCCGGGGAUCCAGCUGAGUGCAGAGAGGAGCGCUGAUAUGAUCCCUGACAGCAAGCCCGAGGAGAGGGUGCCGCUCAGGAGGACGCUGCAGAAAGUCCUGCAGUUCUCCUGAGGGAAAUGCUUCACAUGCUUUCACGUGGACCACAAGGGGGGAAAAAAAGAUGUGAUUUAAGGACUUGUCUGUGUUUGUUCUGUUUUGUAUUUAUAUUUAAUAGAAGUGUUUUUUGCACCCUUUUGAUAUCUUUUUAUACAACAUGUGCUGAAUAUGAAUCUUCCUUAUGUGCCUUUCAAGCUGUCUCUAUUCCAUGUUAUUUUAAUCAGGGAGACUUCCACACACACACUUACAAUAAAGUCUUAUAUACACAGGUGGCCUCAUUGGUAAAUGUUAAUCAAUAAACAUUGAAAUGCUGCAAUUAUAUGAUUUAUAUUUGUCAUUGUGGGAAAUGUGCUUAUUCACUUUCUUAUUUAGAGUUAGAUGAGAAGAUCGAAGCCUAUAGCAGUAAAUGUGCAGUUAAUAUGAAGAUGUUGCCAACAGCCACUUAGUUUAGCACAAAGACUGGAAAACAGGGAAACAGCUAACCUAGCAGUAUGCAAAAGUAAAAAUAAAUAAGUCACCCAGCACCACCUCUAAUUCACUAUUUAACAUAAAAUUUAUAUCUUCUUUGUUUGCUGUUUCAUGGAGAUGUUAAGGAGGUAUCAAUCACCUCAAAUAACUCUCAGCAAGAAAGUGAAUAAGCAUAAUUCCCCCCAAAAAAGACAAACUAUUCCUUUAACAGCACAUGCUAGUUUAAUUAAAACAUCACCUCCCUCGAGCAAGUUAUGUCCACCUACAUGGUACAAAAGAACAGAAGUCGCAUGGUUGCACUGUGCUCUGUGUCUGUCACUCUAAGACAUGUCAGCGCUGGGAGGAAGGGUUCUCCUAGGGCGAAGUGGCCCUGCGCCUGAGCUGUGAUUGGAAUCAUGUUAUAUAAGACUGUGAGACACAUGAAAGUAGGUUGAUUAGUGGAGUGUGUCUGUCUAUAAAUGCCAUGUGACAAUUUUAUUGCAGGCUGCUGGGGCGCUACCAUGCCUGUCCAAUGACUGCAUCUCUAAAGAAUAACCAUACGUUGUCACAAAAGGUCAACUUAAUAAGCUUUGUCCCCCAUCCUACCAGGACAUGUGCUUUUAUGAUAUAAUACUGUAUUUAGCAAAUUGCCCGUUUCAUUUUGCUGUUCAAGAAAGUUCACAAAACUGUGUUUGUUUGUUUGUUUGUUUACUUACUGUUUGUAUUGUUGUUGUUUUUUUUCAAUACUUCUAAUUCAAAUUUGAGAUGGACAAAAAUAAUAGACAAUUUUCUGAAUGUAAAUGUAAAUCUCCAUAGUGAUGAACCUACAGAAAUCAGACCUGUUACAGUUUUCAGCUUCAUAAAAUAAAAAAAACAAAACAAAAAAAAUGACACUUCCUGGUGUUAGUUUGUUGCUAUGAAUCAAAAACAGACAUUUAUAUAUUUCAUAUAAAUUUAUAUAUAAAUGAUUAUGACUCCAUGUAGAAUCACUACUGAGGCUAAAUAUUAUCUGAAUAUACCAACUGAAAUAUAUCUAUAUUGAGGUAUUAUUGCCGAACUAUAGCACUGAUGAUUGUAAAUUUUCUCUCAGCUUCAUUAUACAAAAUGUUUUAGGAUAAAUUUUUAAAAUUUCACUUGGCUUUUAAGUCAUUAGACGAGCAUCAAGAGCACAGCAACGAGUAAUUUUAUUUUCUUUCCAGUAAAAACCACAUCUUUGCAUAUUGAGUUGAUAAAAGUCAGAACACAUUCAAAUGAGAUACAAGAUCAUUUUGUCCUCAUGAUAGCUCUCUCUAAGCACGUGGGACCCCUAUUAUACUUCAUAUAUAUAGUGGUGGCAAAAGAAAUCCCCCGAGCGUGGGUGAGGAUAAUACAGCAUGUACAGUUUUAAUAUAAAAUAACGUGUGGUUUUUCCAACAAAGGAAGCCCCAAACCAACUAGAUAAAUAUAACUCUGCUAUUGCACUGAGACAGAGGCUCACUGUUUAAAGGCCAGGAAGCAAAUGCUAUAUCAUUUACCAUCAAGAGACAUGCCUUAAUAGCAAAGUGCCUGCUGGGAUAGACCAUUAAGAGUUAUGAGUUCCAGGUGUGGAGACACCUGAGGCACAUCCGGCUGCCUACAGAACUCCACCACAAGACCAAGUGCGAGACAUGUAACAAUGCAACGUUUUCAAAGUGUCACUGCUCUGCUUGUUUCUUGUAGGGGCAGGGUUUUUUUUUUUUUUUUUUUUUUGCUCCUCUGAUUUCAAAAGAAGACAAUCUUGUCAGACCUGUUGCCCAGAUGCGUGUCCUUAAAAGCACUGCGUUUUGCUGUGCAAGCCAUUCAAUGUAAGGCAGCUGCAGUCCUUUUUGUUACCACAACAGUACUGAUGUGUAUAACAUUGUAUGACUCCUCCUCCUUUAUGCGGCUCCUUCAUUAUAUCUGCAUUGUGAAUAAAGUAUCCAAGCACAGCCUUCACUCUGAUGGAAUCCAGGGAGAAGUAAUGAUUCGUACUAACGAACAAAAAGCCAGCUUGUGUUUGAAAAGAGCAGCUAUGUUGAAUAGAAAGACACACUCUGAGCUGAACAAGCAUUUUCUG